AUGGACAUUGACAUCAUACUUAUGGAUACAAAUAUUUCAACUUCAUCUAUUGAAAGUCAUAAUAAAUACUUUUGUAACCGAGAGUCACCUUAUUAUAAUCAAGAAAUUUGUAAGUUGCUGUGUAAAAAUGCUGAAAAAUAUGAAAUAGACAUUAGUAAAAAAGCAUUAACUAUUCUUCCAAGAGAUUUAUUCCAUGGCCUCGAGGAUCUUCAACUUGAGAAAUUGAAUAUAAGUGGUAACAAGCUGACGACUCUGCCAAAAGAUAUCUUUGAACCUCUAGAUGAUCUUCGUACGUUGAUAAUAAAGUCUAACAGACUGGAAUAUCUAGAGCCAAGUAUUUUUUAUGAUUUAUUACAACUCAAAGAACUUGAUCUCAGCCAAAACAAACUGAUAGCGUUAUCAAAAGAUAUCUUUAAUGGUCUACAAGAUCUACAUGUUCUACGUUUGAAUUCAAACCAACUGAGUUGCCUUGAGCCAGGUAUUUUUGAUGAUUUAUUAAACCUACAUAGUCUUGAUAUCAGCGAAAACAAUCUUACAACUUUAUCAAAAGAUAUAUUUAAGAAUUUAAAAGAGCUUCGUUAUCUUGAUUUACAAUCAAACAAACUACAAAACCUCGAGUCAGGUUGUUUCGAUGGUCUAACAAAACUUGAGCAGCUUAUUAUCGAAAACAACAAUCUGACAACAUUACCCAAAGGUGUAUUUGAUGGUCUUGAAAAUCUCAAGAAAAUGGGUUUGAAAUCAAAUAAACUUCAAAACCUUGAGUCAGGUUGUUUCGAUGGUCUAACAAAACUUGAGCAGCUUAUUAUCGAAAACAACAAUCUGACAACAUUACUCAAACGUGUAUUUUGGGGUCUUGAAAAUCUCAAGAUACUAAAUUUAGGAUCAAACAAACUACAAAACCUCGAGUCAGGUUGUUUCGAUGGUCUGACAAAACUUGAGCAGCUUAUUAUCGAAAACAACAAUCUGACAACAUUACCCAAAGGUGUAUUUGAUGGUCUUGAAAAUCUUAAGAAAAUGGGUUUGAAAUCAAACAAACUACAAAAUCUCGAGUCAGGUUGUUUCGAUGGUCUAACAAAACUUGAGCUGCUUUUCAUCGAAAACAACAAUCUGACAACAUUACCCAAAGGUGUAUUUGAUGGUCUUGAAAAUCUUUGGAAAAUGGAUUUGAAAUCAAACAAACUACAGAUUCUCGAGUCAGGUUGUUUCGAUGGUCUAACAAAACUUAGGCUGCUUUUCAUCGAAAACAACAAUCUGACAACAUUACCCAAAGGUGUAUUUGAUGGUCUUGAAAAUCUUUGGAAAAUGGAUUUGAAAUCAAACAAACUACAAAAUCUCGAGUCAGGUUGUUUCGAUGGUCUAAGAAAGCUUAAGCUGCUUUUUAUCGAAAACAACAAUCUGACAACAUUACCCAAAGGUGUAUUUGAUAGUCUUGAAAAUCUUGAGAAAAUGGGUUUGAAAUCAAACAAACUAGAAAAUCUCGAGUCAGGGUGUUUCGAUGGUCUAACAAAACUUGAGUGGCUUAUUAUCGAAAACAACAAUCUGACAACAUUACCCAAAGGUGUAUUUGAUGGUCUUGAAAAUCUCGAGAAAAUGUAUUUGGAAUCAAAUAAACUAAAAAACCUUGAGUCAGGUUGUUUCGUUGGUUUAUCUUAUCUUGAAUUGCUCCGUCUCAGCAAUAAUAGUCUGACAACAUUAUCCAAAGGUGUACUUCAUGGUCUUGAAAAUAUUAAGACACUACAUUUAAAAUCAAACAAACUACAAAAUCUCGAGUCAGGGUGUUUCGAUGGUUUAACAAAACUUGAGAUUUUUAAUAUCAGCAACAACAAUCUGACAAUAUUACUCAAAGGUGUAUUUGAUGGUCUUGAAAAUCUUAAGAAAAUAGAUUUGGGAUCAAACAAACUACGAAAAAACACCAGUCGAACUUUCAUGCUGUUCAGAUACGCGAAAAAUGAUUCUACAAUAUUCUUUUCACCAUCUGGUGAAUAUUAUGUACCAAGUGGAUUUGAAAAGACUAUAGUACCUAUUAUGGUUGAUGAAAAACCAAUAGAACUUUCUUUACGGUCUACAACCGGAGAAGAAGAUUACAGCGGAAUUAGACGAUUGUCAUAUGCAGAAGUUGAUGUACUUCUUAUUUGUUUUUCACUUGUUAAUCCAGAAAGUUUUGAAAAUGUUAGAGCUAAAUGGUAUCCAGAAGUACGUCAUCGUUGUCCAGAAAUACCAAUUAUACUUGUUGGUACAAAACUUGAUUUACUUGAAGAUAAAGAAACUAUUGAAAAAUUAAAAGAUAAAAAACUUGCACCAAUAACUUAUCCACAGGGUCUUGCAAUGGCCAAAGAAAUCGGAGCAGUCAAAUAUCUGGAAUGCUCAGCAUACACAAAAGAAGGCUUGGAAGCUGUUUUUGUUGAAGCAGCAAGGGUAGAUUUGGCUAAUAAAAGAGCUCGAAAUUCGAGAAAAGGAUUAUUUGGAGAAAUUGUUCCGGAACGAAGACCUCUAAUCCUUGUUUCUCCCAAUGAUAUUACAAAGUGGAUAACAAAAAAAUUAAAACAAAUUCAGAGAUCAAAGAAUUAUGCAUUGAAAAAAAAAAACAAAAACGAAUUAGUUCCAGAAAAAAAACCUGAUAUCCUUGUUUCCGGCAAUGACAUUAUAAUCUCGAUAACAAUCAAAGUUAAAAAAAUUUACACAUCUAAGAAUUAUGCAUUGCAACAACAUACAUAA